AUGGCCGCCGUAAGUUCACAAAUGAAAAUAAAGCUUCUGUUGUUGGUUCUGCUGCGGAGAAGAUUAAGAAGAAAUGAAGAAAAAUACAAGAAAAAAAUGUGGGUCAGAAAAAUUUACCAAGACCGUCACUUGAAGGGUGAAUUUCACUUGUUAGUGAACGAGUUAAGAUUAUUUGAUCAUGAGCUUUUCUUUGCUUGUUUUCGCAUGUCACCAUCUACCUUUGAAAAACUAUUAUCUUGGGUUGCUCCACACAUAAUAAGACAGACAACAAGGUUUCGUGAGCCAGUACAUCCAAAUGAGCGCCUUGCUGUGACUUUACGGUACUUAGCUACGGGUGAUGCCAAGUCAACAAUAGCCUUAAGCUAUCGAAUUAGCCCUACUACAGUUGGAAGGAUUGUUGAAGAGACUUGUAAAGUAGUGUGGAUGGUGCUUCUGGAAAGGAAUUUUCUAUCAGUUCCAAAUAGUCAAGCUGCAUGGAAAACAAUUGCCAAAGCUUUCAAUGAAAAAUGGAAUUUUCCACAUUGCUUAGGGGCAAUAGAUGGGAAGCAUGUUGUAAUGCAAGCCCCUUCACGAAGUGGCUCUGAGUUUUACAAUUACAAAAGAACACAUAGCAUCGUUCUUUUGGCGACCUGUGAUGCUAGUUAUAAGUUUGUCUUGGUUGAUGUAGGUGAUGCUGGGAGACAAAGCGAUGGUGGGGUGUACACAAACAGCAAACUUGGCUUUGCAAUUGAAAAUCAAAAAUUGAAUCUCCCCCCACCGGAAGUGAUACAUGGAACUCAAAAAGUGUUCCCAUUUGUAUUUGUUGCUGAUGAAGCAUUUUCAUUGAAGCAGCAUAUGCUAAAGCCAUACCCUUGCCAUAGCCUUGAUGAACAUAAGCGUGUUUUCAAUUACAGGCUAUCAAGAGCAAGGCGAGUCAUAGAAAAUACCUUUGGAAUCGCGGCUGCAAGAUUUAGGAUUUUCCGUCGACCUAUAAUUGGAAAGGUUGACACUGUCAUUGCUAUAACGAAAGCCAUUGUGGCUUUGCACAAUUUUUGA